AUGGCGGAGCCCGAGCCUGCGCCCGCCGGCCUCGCCGACGCUGUGCUACUGGCGCCACUGACCGAGGAUUCUUUCCUGCACAACUUACAUGUUCGAUACAAAAGAGAUAUCAUAUAUACAUACGUGGGCAACGCCCUGGUGUCGGUGAACCCUUGCCGUCCACUGCCGCUGUACUCCGCCGAGCUCGUUCGGACCUACCUGGCGCGGCCUCCCUACCUGCUGCCACCGCAUCUAUACGCGAUAACGGCUACGGCCUACCGCUGGGUGCGAGACAGGAACGAAGAUCAGUGCAUCGUUAUAACAGGAGAGAGCGGCUCGGGCAAGACGGAGGCGGCGCGCGUGUGUCUGCAGUGUGCGGUGGUGGCGGGCGGCGGGGGAGGGGGCGGGGCGCUGGCCGCCGCGGGGACGCUGCUCGAGGCUUUCGGGAACGCGGCCACCGCUCGCAACCACAACGCCAGCCGCUUCGGCAAAUUGUUAGACAUAGAAUUCGACUUCAAGGGCGAGCCGGUCGGAGGACACAUAACACACUGUGAGUAUACAUCGUGGUGGGGGGGGGGGGAAGUGUUUGUUGUCAUGUCUCAUGUAUUAUCAUUGUCUGUUCACGCAGACCUCCUGGAGAAGGAGCGCGUGUGUUGCGCGGCGGAGGGCGAGCGGAACUUCCACGUGCUGUACCAGCUGCUGGCCGGCGCCGACGCUCACCUGCUCAAGCGUUUGAAGCUGCAGCGGUCGUGGGAGCAGUACCGCGUGCUGAGGGGCGGCGCGUGCUGUGUCGAGGCGGGAGGGUGCGGUGCGCCGGGGGCCACUGGCGCCGCGGCGGCCGGGGGAGGCGUCGGCGGCGCUUGCUCCGGGGCGGGGGGGGCGGGCGCGUCCCCUCGGCGGGCCGCGCUGCCUCCGCCGGGGCCGCGGGCGCCUCACGCAGACAGGGACCACUUUGCAUUCACCAAGGUAAUCGAUAGGCGUCACAGUCGAGCGUUCGUGAUUGAUAAGUUGAUAACAAACAAUGUGAUGACGAUGUCGUCCGGUGGUCGCUCCGAGAAACGCGUGCUGUGUCAACACGGGACGCGGGAGGCCUUAACCGAAUAUACACUUGGACCAGAGACUGUCCAUCAACAGAUGAGUUUUUGA